AUGGGAUUAGAGGACUUGAAUAUGACUGAUGUACCUGUACCUGAACGUAUAGUAGAUGUCAAGGUUAUUCCACUUCCUUCAUCAAUAUCUACAGUAUCCAUUGAAUCGGAAGCAGCAGCACUACGUCGUCGUACAUCUAUCCCCAGUACCUUUUCAUUUGGUGGCGUGGAUCACUCGAUUCCAACGACUGAUGUCGGUCAACGUCGUUGGCGUAGCUUUGAUGCUGCUGUUGUAUUGAAUAAUGUAGCUGCAUCCUCAGCACUUGAGAUGCUAUCACGUCGUAUUCAGCAAGAGAGUCAACAUGUACUUAAACGUAAGGCCCGAUUAUCAAAACGUCGUGAGCUAUUACGGAGUAUGAGCUGCUGGCUUAGCUCUAGUCGACGUGACCAGGUUGCAUUGCUGCAGAUGCAGCUUGUAGCUGAAGUAGCCACGAGCAAUCGCUCACUGGCUGUACUCAGUGAUAUGCGGACAGUAUUGGCUUUGGAUGAAGCUGAUGAACUUGUCUCGGGCGCCCAGUACCGCAGAGGAAGUUUUGUUGCGAGUCAGAUAUUGCUAGAUGGUAUUGAGCAGUCUGACCGUGCAUUGGCCGAAGACUGGUUGAGACAGGUGCUGCAAUUGCAGGCCAGCUAUUUGGGCAAGCUUGUGGAGCUUCACAGUCAGAAAAAUAUGCUUUCCACUGGUCUAACGCUUGAGCAAUUACUUGCUGGGGUAGACAGUGUGAUAACGGCAAAGGAUGAGCCCACGCUUGCGCUUGUGCGCUUCGAGAAGCUGUUGUGUCGCCAGAAACUACUUAAACCCGAGCUCAAGAAGGCACUGGACAAGCUUUGCUUGGAUACAAUGCGCUCUUUUACGCGUGCCAGCAGCCAACCAGGAACCAAGACAAUAUUUGACAACAGAGAGUCGCGCGAUGUCAUGCAGUCGCUGGUUCAGGAGAUUGUAAACUCUGUUGCUAUGGAGGCAAACAUGGACACUGCCCAGAUGCCGGCAUUACAUGUGUUUGUGGAGCACAUGGUCUUCAGUCGACUUGCAUGCGCGUGCUAUCGUAGCACAGCUGCCGAUCUGGAUGAGCUCAAUAGUUUAUGGCGCGAUCAGGCGGCUAAGACGCGUGAAUUGAGUCUAGAAGAAGUUGGAUUGCCUGUGGAAAUUCCCGUAAACGCUCAGCAGCACGAGAUUUUUAGCAAAUCCAUCGCUGCGUUUAACGAGAUUCCACACCUAGUGCCUUCAAGCGUACUUGCGUCGUUCAUGCGAGCUGUGUGCACAUUGUACUGUGAGGCCAAGGAAGGAUUUGGCCUUGAAAGCAGUUGCAUUUCGGCCGAUGUAUUGCUACCGAUGCUGGUGUACGUGUUAAGCCGCUGCGAGCUGCCGCACUUGCACUCACAAGUGUAUUUGAUGGAGCAAUACGCCAUUGACGAAUCUCAGAGUGGCUCGGAGGCUGCCUAUUAUCUGGCGUGCUUGCAAGCUGCAAUGGGUUACAUCGAGGGCAAUGGAGGUGCUGAGGACACGGAGUCCCAGUAA